AUGUUGGGUACCGGCAACGUUUACCGAUGCUAUGGAGCAAUAUACGGAGAAUUAUUGUUGGGUACAAAAUACCUAUUGGGUGCCAAUGCAGCCGUUUUCCAUUUUCGUAAUGAAAUUCACACCCAUUAUCGUCAAGUCGUUUACGAGUCGUCAAGUCUAUCUAUGCCCGUCACAGAAUAUGCUUUUAAGGAGGACAUUCCGCGCGAAAUUUAUUCGCGACGCAAUCGACAAAUUGGCUAUUAUCAAUGGGUGCCUUUCAUACUGGCCAUCGAAGCCCUACUUUUUUAUGUGCCAUGCAUACUUUGGCGAGGGCUCUUGUAUUGGCACAGCGGCAUAAACCUACAAGGCCUCGUUCAAAUGGCAUGUGAUGCACGUUUGAUGGAUUCCGAAGUAAAAUCGAGAACUGUCUACACAAUGGCACGUCAUAUGCAAGAUGAAGUGCAGUUGACGAAUGUCGAUCGGUCCGCCCAUUCACGGACGUGUUUCUCACAUAUGCAAAUAGGAGCUAACUGUGGGAGGCAUUGCGGUUGUUAUGUAACUAUGCUUUACAUUGGUAUCAAAAUUCUUUACUCGGCCAAUGUACUGCUACAAUUUUUUCUGUUAAAUCAUCUACUCGGCUCCAAUGAUUUAGCAUAUGGCUUUUCAUUGUUAAAAGAUCUUAUGCACGAGAUUGAAUGGGAACAAACCGGAAUGUUUCCACGAGUAACCCUGUGCGAUUUCGAGGCAAGUCCUUCGAUUGUUGCUAAUAUGAAAAACCUAAUGAGCUAUCAUACUAUGACUUACUACGACUGA